AUGCUCAACCCAUGGCAAACCCAUCGAGAAACCCUUUCCUCAUUGUUUCUUUCAACUUUCCUUCAUCACAAUAUGUCGAGACAACACCAAUAUUACCUCUUUCUCCUUUUCAUCCUUUUCUUGAAUGCAACAUUCUCAACAAUUAAAGGCCGUCGACUCAUUGACCCAGGAACGGAAGAGACAAAUGACCUCAAUGUUCAAGUACUCUCAGAGACUUCAAGCUCCGCGCCAAGAGCAAGAGGCCUGCAUAGAAGCCUAGUUGGGGUUGCACGCUCGGGUCCAAGUCCUGGUGACGGACAUAAGCAUGUUGAAGACAAUGCCAUUGCCAAACGCAAAACCACUAAUUAG